AUGGCUUUCUUGAUCAACAACCAGUUCCCCGGCCCGAUGAUCAAGGCCAACUGGGGUGAUACCGUUGUUGUCAAGCUCACCAACCUCCUGCCUAACUCCAUCGACAACGGCACGUCGCUCCACUUCCACGGUGUCCGCCAGAACGGCACGAACGAGUACGAUGGUGUCAGCUCCAUCACCCAGUGCCCUCUUGCUCCCGGUGACACCAUGACCUACACAUGGCGCGCGACCAGCUACGGCUCGUCUUGGUGGCACUCUCACUUCUCCCUCCAGACCUACGAGGGUAUGUUCGGUCCCCUCGUCAUUGAGGGCCCCUCGACCCUUUCCUACGAUGAGGAGCAGUUCGUUAUCCUCCAGGACUGGAACCACGCCACCGCCGACUCCCUCUUCGAUGACUCUCAGGUCGUCGUUCCCGGCGUUCGCGGCGGUGGGCUCACUCUCGACACUGGUCUGAUCAACGGCAAGAACGUGUGGGGCAACGGCGGCGAGUACUGGUCCAUGACCGUCACCCCGGGCAAGAGCUACCGUCUGCGCGUCCUCAACGCCGCCAUCCAGUCGACGUUCAAGUUCCACAUUGACGGCCACUCCUUCCAGGUUAUCGCCAUGGACUUUGUGCCCAUCCACCCGUACACCACCGACAUUGUCAGCGUCAACAUCGGCCAACGCUACGACCUGAUCCUGACCGCCAACCAGGCGCCCGCCAACUACUGGAUCCGCUCGGACAACCAGCAGCCCUGCGGCCAGCUCGAGCAGCCCAACGUCCAGGCCAUCCUCAACUACGAGGGCGUCAAGUUCGCCACGCCCACCACCACCGGCCUGAACUACCAACCCGACUGCUUGGACGAGCCCUCGGCCAGCCUGGUGCCCUACCUCGCGCAGAACGCAGGCGCGCAGAGCGCCGGCGAGUUCGUCGAGACGUCCAUCAUCGCCGCCAACGGCGCCGUGCCCAACCUCUACAAGUGGACUCUCUCCGGCUCGACCUUCCAGGCCAACUGGAACGACCCCACGCUCUUCAGCAUCUGGUACGAUGGCGAUGUGCCGCAGUACGGCGGCGACCUGACCGUCGAGCUCCCCAACGCCGGCGAAUGGGUCUACUUCGUCAUCGACUCGCCCAUGCCCCUGCCCCACCCCAUCCAUCUCCACGGCCACGACUUCUUCCUCCUCGCCUCCGGCGUCGGCACCUACUCCGCAGACGUGCCUCUCCAGCUCACCAACCCGCCGCGCCGUGACGUCGCCGUCAUGCCCGCCGACCCGCUCACUGGCUCCGGUGGCUACCUCGUCGUCGCCUACCAGGUCAGCAACCCGGGUGUCUGGCUCAUGCACUGCCACAUUGGCUGGCACAACACGAUGGGCUUCGCGCUCCAGAUUGUCGAGAUGAUCGACUCGAUCAAGAUCGAGAAUACCUGCCAGCUGCAGGAGACGUGCGUGAACUGGCUCAACUACGCCAACGCCAACUCCAUCUUCGACGCGCCCUUCGACGACGGUGUAUAA